ACGAACCAAUAGCCAUCGAGGAAAAGCCGGUUCUGUUUCCCGUUUUACAGACGUCUUGUUGAAAGAAGUGUUCUAAAACAAAUCAUGAGUUUCCACUACGGCCAGGGUUAUCCAGGUGGGGGCAACCCAUCACCAGGUUCUCCUUACAGCGGACCCAGAGGUCCUUAUGGGGGUGGUGCUGCAGGAAGUCCAUAUGGGGGUAAUGGAGCUCCAGCCCAUGGUGGACAGUAUGGUCCUGGUGGUUACGGGGGACAGCCUUACAGAUCUCAAGCACCUGCAGGUAAUGUCCCCCCUGGUGUUAACCCAGAGGCGUAUCAGUGGUUCCAGACCGUCGACACAGAUCAGAGCGGAUUCAUCAACCUGAAGGAGCUGAAACAGGCUCUUGUCAACUCCAACUGGUCCAGCUUUAACGAUGAAACUUGCCUCAUGAUGAUCAACAUGUUUGAUCAGACGCGGUCGGGUCGGAUAGAUCUGUUUGGAUUCUCGGCUCUGUGGAACUUCUUGCAGCAGUGGAGAGCCAUGUUCCAGAACUGCGACCGAGACCGAUCUGGAUGCAUCAGUGGCACCGAGCUGCACCAAGCUCUGGCCCAGAUGGGCUACAACCUGAGCCCACAGUUUUGUGAGAUGCUGGUGCAGCGCCACGGUGUGAGAGGCAGAAACUUUGGUAUUCAGCUGGACCGCUUCAUCCAGGUGUGCACCCAGCUGCAGAGCAUGACGCAGCUGUUCAAGGAGCGAGACACCGCCAUGGUGGGCAACAUCCGUCUCAGCUACGAGGACUUUCUUUCCAGUGCCAUUACCAGGCUGAUGUGAGCCACCGGUCCAUGUUCAGGUCAACGUUUGAGCAAACUUCAACACUUUGCCUGAAGAGCCCUGCUUCCUGAAAUGUGUUUGGUUCAGCAGCAGCCAGAGCACAUUAUUCCAGUGAUGGUUGCUGUAAAUACUAAUGGAAGGUCUGCUGGUAGCUUCACCACAAACUGGUUUUCUAACAUUAGUUCAUAACUUUCUCAUUGUAUUUUUGUUGCAUUACAAUAUUAAAACUGGAGGAAAUUUGAAAAUGUGUUUUUACUCUGAGUCUAUAUAAACGUUGGUUUUAAUUUA